CGCUGCCGCUGGGGAAGGUAAAGCGGUGACGGCGGCCUCAGGAGCUGUGGGGUCCCCGACUGGAGGUGGGGAACUCGGCGGGAAGAAGAAAAGAGCCAUUGAGAUGAAGAUUAUAAUUUCAGCAACAAAGGAAACAUUUAAGGCUCAGGCAGCCCUUAAAUUCAAUACUAGUAAUAUAUGAAAUAAAUUAUAAGCCUUACAUUUCUCUCAGUUCUUAUAGGAAAUCAUUUAAUACUUCACAUUAGGACAAAUAUGUGAAAGUUCCUGCCAACCUGUGAGAACUUCUUCCUUCGGACAUUUUUUGUUCUACUUACUGUACAGCUUUCUUAGAAGUUCUUUUUUGAUGCCAUGUUCUGUGGCUUGCAUCUUAAGAGGAGUUUGUCUUCAUGAAGAUUCCUAACAUUGGUAAUGUGAUGAAUAAAUUUGAGAUCCUUGGGGUUGUAGGUGAAGGAGCCUAUGGAGUUGUACUUAAAUGCAGACAUAAGGAAACUCAUGAAAUUGUGGCAAUCAAGAAAUUCAAGGACAGUGAAGAAAAUGAAGAAGUCAAGGAAACGACUUUACGAGAGCUUAAAAUGCUUCGUACUCUCAAACAGGAAAACAUUGUGGAGUUGAAGGAAGCCUUUCGUCGGAGGGGGAAAUUGUACUUGGUGUUUGAGUAUGUUGAAAAAAAUAUGCUUGAAUUGCUGGAAGAAAUGCCAAAUGGAGUUCCACCUGAAAAAGUAAAAAGUUAUAUCUAUCAGCUAAUCAAAGCUAUUCACUGGUGCCAUAAGAAUGAUAUUGUUCAUCGAGAUAUAAAACCAGAAAAUCUCUUAAUCAGCCACAAUGACGUUUUGAAACUGUGUGACUUUGGUUUUGCUCGGAAUCUAUCAGAAGGAAAUAAUGCUAAUUAUACAGAAUAUGUGGCCACCAGGUGGUAUCGGUCCCCAGAACUCUUACUUGGAGCUCCCUAUGGAAAGUCUGUAGAUAUGUGGUCAGUUGGCUGUAUUCUUGGGGAGCUUAGUGAUGGACAGCCUUUAUUUCCUGGAGAAAGUGAAAUUGACCAACUUUUUACCAUUCAGAAGGUGCUAGGACCACUUCCAUCUGAGCAGAUGAAACUCUUCUAUAGUAAUCCUCGCUUCCACGGGCUCCGGUUCCCAGCUGUUAACCAUCCUCAGUCGUUGGAGAGAAGAUACCUUGGAAUUUUAAACAGCGUUUUACUUGACUUAAUGAAGAAUUUACUGAAGUUGGACCCAGCUGACAGAUACUUGACAGAACAGUGUUUGAAUCACCCUACAUUCCAAACCCAGAGGCUUUUGGAUCGCUCCCCUUCAAGGUCAGCAAAAAGAAAACCUUACCAUGUGGAAAGCAGCACUUUGUCUAAUAGAAACCAAGCCAGCAAAAGUGCGGCUUUGCAGUCUCACCACAGAUCUAACAGCAAAGAUAUCCAGAACCUAGGUGUGGCUCUGCCCCGGGCUGAUGAAGGGCUUCCUGCCAACGAAAGCUUCCUGAAUGGAAACCUUGCUGGAGCUACUCUUAGUCCCAUGCACACCAAAACCUACCAAGCCGGCAGCCAGCCUGGGUCUACCAGCAAAGAUCUAACCAACAACAACAUUCCACACCUUCUCAGCCCGAAAGAAGCCAAGUCAAAGACAGAGUUUGAUUUUAAUAUUGACCCAAAGCCUUCAGAUGGCCCAGGCACGAAGUACCUCAAGUCAAGCAGCAGAUCUCAACAGAACCGGCACUCGUUUAUGGAAAGUUCUCAGAGCAAAGCUGGAACGCUGCAGCCCGGUGAAAAGCAGAGUCGGCACAGCUACAUUGACACCAUUCCCCAGUCCUCUCGGAGUCCUUCCUAUAGGACCAAGGCCAAAAGCCAUGGGGCGUUGAGUGACUCCAAGUCUGUGAGCAACCUUUCCGAAGCCCGGGCCCAGAUCGCAGAGUCCAAUACCAGUAGGUACUUCCCAUCCAGCUGCUUGGACUUGAACUCUCCCACCAGCCCAACCCCCACCAGACACGGUGAUACAAGAACUUUGCUCAGCCCCUCGGGGAGAAAUAACCGAAGUGAAGGCACUCUUGACUCACGCCGAACCACAACCAGGCAUUCUAAGACGAUGGAGGAAUUGAAGCUGCCUGAACACAUGGACAGCAGCCAUUCCCAUUCGCUAUCUGCACCUCAUGAAUCCUUUUCGUAUGGGCUGGGCUACACCAGCCCCUUCUCCUCCCAGCAGCGUCCACAUAGGCAUUCCAUGUACGUGACCCGGGACAAAGUGAGAGCCAAGGGCUUGGACGGAAGCUUAAGUGUAGGGCAAGGGAUGGCGGCCAGAGCCAACAGCCUGCAGCUCUUAUCACCUCAGCCCGGGGAGCAACUCCCUCCAGAGAUGACUGUGGCACGAUCUUCUGUUAAGGAGUCCUCCAGAGAAGGCACCUCUUCAUUUCAUGCACGGCAGAAGUCUGAGGGUGGCGCGUAUCAUGACCCCCACUCUGAUGAUGGCACCGCCCCCAAGGAAAAUAGACACCUGUAUAAUGAUCCUGUUCCGAGAAGAGUUGGCAGCUUCUACCGAGUGCCAUCUCCACGUCCAGACAAUUCUUUCCAUGAAAAUAAUGUGUCAACCAGAGUUUCUUCCCUACCAUCAGAAAGCAGUUCUGGAACUAACCACUCAAAAAGACAGCCAACAUUCGAUCCAUGGAAAAGUCCUGAAAACAUUAGUCAUUCUGAACAACUCAAGGAAAAGGAAAAACAAGGUUUUUUCAGGUCAAUGAAAAAGAAAAAGAAGAAAUCUCAAACAACAGAUUCCACCAACGGGGAGAAUCCAAGCAUCAAGAAAUCCCUCUUUCCUCUUUUUAAUUCAAAGAAUCAUUUAAAGCAUAGUUCUUCUUUGAAAAAGCUUCCUGUAGUCACUCCACCCAUGGUGCCCAAUUCUGACGGCCCUGAUCUUCUGACAUUACAGAAAGCCAUUCACUCUGCUAGCACCCCGAGCAGCAGACCCAAGGAGUGGCGUCCUGAGAAGAUCUCUGAUCUACAGACCCAAAGCCAGCCAUUAAAAUCACUGCGCAAGCUGUUACAUCUCUCUUCAGCCUCAAAUCACCCGGCUUCCUCAGACCCCCGCUUCCAGCCCUUAACAACUCAACAAGCCAAAAAUUCCUUCUCAGAAAUUCGGAUUCACCCUCUGAGCCAGGCCUCUGGCGGGAGCAGUAACAUCCGGCAGGAGCCAACACCAAAGGGCAGGCCGGCCCUCCAGCUGCCAGGUCAGAUGGACCCUGGUUGGCACGUGUCCUCUGUGACCCGGAGUGCCACAGAGGGGCCUUCCUACUCUGAACAGCUGGGUGCCAAGAGUGGGCCAAAUGGGCACCCUUAUAACAGAACAAAUCGGUCCAGAAUGCCAAAUCUGAAUGAUUUAAAAGAGACAGCCUUGUAAUGUGUGCUGGAGAAGGGGGGUGGGGGUGGGAGGGACAGGGACAAUCCAGUUAGAAGGGGAGGGGUGGGUGGGGUGGGUGGGGGAAUGGGCGGGGCCAGAGUGGUAAGCCAGUAUUUUCAGCUUUAUGAAGGUGUGUGCAAUAUUGUAUGUGUGGGGCCAGCUGGCUCCCCACGGCCACAAAUGCUAGUCAGGGAUCUUAGAGCCACAGGAGUUCCUUAGGGAUCACCAGUCCCCACGAGUCUUGUGUGAGAAUGCAUAGCGUGCCAUUGAGGAAGAAGACAUUCUUGCCAGGUUCUCCCCCUUACGUUCCAGCUUUAGUGCAAUUGCCGUUGAACUUGGGAAAGCCAGGAUGUGUUCUGGCACUGCAAGUGAUAGAAAAAUAGGUGUUGACUGAUAUCCUUACCACAGAUUUGUUUCCACCUAGACUAAAUGUGGGGUUUGUUGUAAUCCAAGAGUAUCCCUUUGAAGGGUUAGCGGAUGACCUAACUGUAUGUCUUAAAUUGUUUUCUAAACUUCCAUAUUUGAUAGGGUUUGUAACAUUUAUUUAUAAUUAAUUAAUAUUGUACUGUUAUAAUCAUUCCUUUUCUGUUAAAUGUAAAGUUACUUUGAGCUGUUUGGAACAUUGUGAAGCAGUGGGACAGCUACAGUAGUUUCUAUAAAAACUAAACAGUAACAUUUAUAUAUUGCAUCAGGAGUAUUUUAUUCUAUAUAUAAAUAUAUAUAUGAUAAAUAUCUGUCUGUUUUAUAAAUAUAAUCAUUUAAGAAAGUAUCGUUAUGACACUAUCUGCCAUAUUUUUAUACAUUUGUGAUAUGAAGUGAGUAUUAUACUUCUAAUCAAGGGAGUUGAAAUUGUGGCUGCACGGGAGUGUGAUGGUAGGAAGCUUGCUCAACUUUGAGACCCCAGCAGCAGCUUUUAGACACGAUCCUUGGUAGCAGAUGAGAUGCAGCAGCUCCUCCCAAACCUGCAGGGGAAGAAAGUUGGCUAAGCCAGUAAGAACUCCAGCAGGCCUAUCUCCGUCCUCACACACUUGGCUCCUGUUCAUGUCCAGGGACAUUCCUUGCACCUGAGGGGAGAACAGAUCCAGGGUUACUCAUGGGACUUUGUAGAGAAAAUGUACUCUUCUACUUCCAUUAGUGUAGAGCGUAGACCAAAGAUUUGCCAGUGAACAUUCCUAGUUGUGAGGUUGUUAGAGGUAUCGAUCUGCAGAUCUUGCAAACCAGCUCUAUGCUCCUGAAUCCCGCGUGCUGUACUGGAGACUUGCGGCUGGUAGGAUGGGAGAUACCUGUGUGGCACUUCGGUUUCUAAAUGGUUUUUUUUUUGUUAUCGCUCUUUCCAAUAUAUUUAGAAGGCUCCUGAAGCAAUUCCAGAUGUAGAGAAAAUGGCUGUACUCAUCUUCCUGGGACGGUCCAUUUAUAACAAGGUUAUCAUGUACAUCAGUAGACACACGAACACAUGUGGCCAGAAUAGGACUUAUCUUUCCCUCCUUUGAUCUCCUUCAACUCCCAAGUUAUUCCCAAGUAUCAUCAAGGCCUUUAUCCAAAAGGGGCAUAGCCCCAUGUCCCUGGGCCAUCCUUGACAGAAAUCCCCUCAACACUGUCAUUCAUCAAGUGUAUUAGAUUUUCGGAAAUAGUCUCUUAGCAAUAAUAUUUUUAAAGAUCCCCUCCCACCCCUCAAAGAGAUAUUGUCAGUAUUUAUUACUUGCCCCAGGAUUGUGAGAGUAUCAGCCCCUGAAUCAAGUCAGCUAUAAUCGAAAUGUGCUGAGUUACUGUUCCCCCUCCCCUAAGAUGUUAAGAAUCAUAGCUCUGAUGAUUAUGAAGAUUAUAAAGAAAAAGGUCUUAGUUUCUUUGAAGCUUAAACUGUGUGCAUAUUGCAUUUUUAUAUAACUACUAUAAUGAUGUGUAUUGAUUAUAUAUAGAGGUCAUUUUAAGGUGCUUUUAAUUUAAUAAGUGUAAUAGGCACUAAAAUGAAACUCAACUGGGUACUAUCAUUGAAACAAUUUGAUUCUAACCAAUAGUUUGCAUGCUCUUCGAUUCUUUUUAUAUCUGACUGCUUUCACCAGUUCAGUGCUGUCUGAGUAGCUCUGAAUUCUGGCUUUUUCCAGGCAGCUGCUCAGUUAUAUAGUGACGUGGACCCUUAGCAGUUUUUGCCUGGAUACUAAUGACUCUAAAAGGGUGUGUAACUCUUCUUUUUUAAACUCGAUCUGUACCUUGUAUCCCCCUUGCAAACCAGAAACUCCAUUUUUUCCUCUGGAAAGACUUCUCACUGUGCUGUGCGCUUAGAAACUGCGCAGUCACAUUGCCAUGCUGUGGCAUUUGAGGCUCGUUGUCACCUAGGGGCUGGUUUCCCAUGUUUUCAUCCUUGCUAACACUGGGAUCUCAGAUGUUUGCAGAACAUUUAUAUUCUGAUGGUUCUUCAAAGAAGGGCUAGAAUAAUUGCCUUCUACCUAGAGCAAAGUAAACCUAACUGAUGAAGAGUCAAUACAUACUUUUCGUACAUUCCCAGAUUUGAGCCAGAAAAUAUCUACAAUGUUUUCAACUAGUAUUUUUGAGGUAGCUCUUUUAUCCUCUUCUCAGCUUUUGUCCAUUCUGACUUUCAUUAACCUCAGUAAGCUGUAAAUGAACUCCAAUCCACAUUUCUAGCAUGCAUGAUUCUCUUCCUGCUUGCAGAGGGGAAUUAUAAAGUUUUCUCUCAAAUCUAAUGGGCCCUCUCUUAGCUUUUAACUCAUUUUCCUCCGGUUGAUGAAUUAUUGGCCUCACAAAGAUUGCCAUCUGUGAUGAGAUUAAGGACUUACAAGUCUCAAAAGUCUGCAUUUUCUUUAGGAAGGGAAGUUUAUGGCAUCCAUGUUCUAUUAUCUGCCCUAACUUCCUAAAAGAUUAAAAGGUCAAAUGAAGGCUUAUGAAUUGCUUUAUUUUAUGAAAGUGUCACUGAUCUUUUGCAAAGAAACUGCUUCGCUGUUUUUCUACCUUUGCUUUACUGCCAUCCUUGUUAUUCUUCUCAGAAGUUCUGAAUGAACUUUUACUGAACCUUGUUUGGUCUCAGUCAGAGGUUUAGCCUCUCCAGAGCCCAAGACAACAAGUGCUCCAUGCUGAGGGGCUCAAGUGAGUUAUCUCUACAGCAGCGAUUCUCAACCAGGGCCAGUUUUGCCUCCUGGGGACAUUUGGCAACGGCCAGAGACAUAUUUGAUUGUCACAACUGGGGGUGGUGGUGUGCUACUGGGAUCCAGUAGGUAGAAGCCAGGGAUGCUGUAAACAUCUUGUGUGCACAGGACCCCCCCACCGACACACACAGACAGAGAAUGAUUCAACCCCAAAUGUCAAUAGCGGUUAGGUUGAGACCCCCUGCUCUCCUGAAUUCCAAGCCCACCCACCCGCAGAACUUGGCUCAGCCCUGGUUCUCUGCAGGCUACAAGACUACAGGUAUGAAUUCUUUAGCGUUGCAUUCUCUUAAAGAGUCUUCUACCACCAUUCUCGAAUCCCUGGAAUCCUAUUGUUCGUUUCCAUUAUCUUGGGCCUGCUAAAAGGUGCAUCUUUUGGGAAGAGACCAGAGUCACUUCAUAGGUGUUUGAGAACUUAAAUUCUAGGUCAGCAUCCUUAGAAAAUCUUUCACAGAGCCAUGAAGCUUAUAGUUAAGAAGCAAGCAGCAGCCUGGCAGAUUGGCAUGAUUUUUACCAACUGCUCAAAGGCAUACGUGGCUUUAGCUGUGUCUCCCACAAGAAAAUGUCUUUGUUUUCUAUUCAAGUCAUCUAAUAACUCUUUACAAAGAUUGGCAUAUGACAGACCAAUUAGAAACAAAAAACUCUUAGUUGGUGGUCAUAAUGUGGCUGUUAUAAGAGUAUUUGUGCCGUAUGCUUUGGUUAAAUCUGUUUUAAAACAUACUUUUUAAGAUUCACCAUAUGCAGUUGUACUUUAAUUCUAAGCUCAGAUUUAUGCUGGUUAGUUUCUAGUCACGUCAUGUAUUAUAAAGUACCUUGUGGUGUAGAGUUAGCCAGUUUAGCAUGUUCCUAACCUGAAAAUUAGUGGGCUUUGCUACGAAAUGCUAUCCCAUUUUCCCUUCCCUGCACCUCUUAGUUAACGUCAUAGUACCCUCACUUCUUAAACUAGUUUUUAGAGUAAAUAAGGAAAAAAGCCAUUUAUUUUCUUGUAGCUAUGUAUGAGAAUGACUCAUAAGUAUGCAACUUUUUUUCAAGGCCAGAAGAUUACUUUUCAAGUAUGUAGAAGGCUCUGUCCAUUUCUGUUCACCUAGGUCCUGGUGGUGAUUCAACUUUUAGCAAGAGCAAUGGCUCAUUGCAACUUAUUCCUAGAGCUCAGCUGGGACUCAGAAACCUGCAUAUUCUCUCCCGGUCAGAACAUUUUUUCUGGAGAGCACUGCUUUUAUAUCUAGAAGUUUGUUACCUCCUGCAUUAUAGUAGGACAUUGAGCUCCAUGCGAGCACUAAGAUCCACAGACUCGUGCUUUUGUGAACUGGGAAUGUGUUAUGAUACACUGAACCAAGUCAGAAAAUAAUGAAAUAUUUCCUUGCCUCCUUCAGUUCAUCACUAAUAAAGUGUGUAGGCAGAGAAAACUAAUUUGCAGUUUAAAAAAAUGGUUUCUUUAAAAGGGGCUGCAGAAACGACAGUACAAAUGUUGUUAAAUGUCCUGUCGCUAAUCCCCAGGGUCAGAAUCUCACAAGAACGUUCUCUUAGAGACUUAAAGGGCCAACUUACAAAAUAAAAACUUGUAAGUGGUUCUGAUUUCUUCCUUUUGCAUCUUGACCAGCUGAGAUGCAGAAUAUCUUGAGGUCUGAUUCAGCUGGGUGAAAAAUACUGUCUUAGAAACCACGAGUAAAUGCAAGAAAGUGAAUCCAUGACAGGAUGAGUCUGACGUCUUUCUGUAUACACACAAUGUGAUAGUAGUAAAGUGGCUAGAAAACUGUGGGCCUGCUGCCCUAUUCUAUUCUAUUUCUUCUUUUUUAACUGAAUGUACUAUAAACAGUCAUAGAAUUUUGUGCCAAGUCAGUUACUACAUCAAUAUUCAUUUCCCAUAGUGCUUUGUUAAUACAUCAGCAUUUGGCCUGGUCCUGACUCUACCUUUCUCCACUCCAGGCACUGACCCACCUUUCUAUGUAUUUCCUAUAGGCUAUUAAAUAUAAUCACGACCUGCCUUGUGCUUUCAUUCACUGUUUACUCCCAAGUUUGAGGGAGGUUUGUCUUUUAUUUUGCCAGAAAAAAUUUGUAAUAGUCUACACGUUGGAUUUCUAGGGCCAGAGAACUACAGCAGUAAAACUGGUAUCUCUUCUAAGGCCCUUCAUUACCCACAAGGUUAAGCUCUCUGAACCCCAUUUGAUCCUUGGGUUGUAUUUUGAUCUUCCUUUGGAAUCUUAAAAAUCGGUCUCCAUGUUGUAUGCAGAUUAGAAGUUGCCUUGUUCGCUACUCUUCCAGCGCAGAGUAUCAGGGAGAAAGAGGCCUUAUCUGUUCCUCCAUCCCCUCCAUUUUGACAGACUGCUAAGAAUUCCUCAGGACUUCCUUUGGUUUGGGAUUUUACAUUCCCAAAAGCCUGAUGUGAUUCAUUUCAGGCAUAGACAAGUUUGUCCCAGUGCUCUGCUUCAGGGCUAAUCAGACAAAACCCAGGAAUAGAAAAGGUAGAUGCCUUGACUUUUGUCCCCAUUGGGGGAUUAAAGUAUUUAUUGCCAGAGUUGUCAAAAGCUCCAGUUAUAACACAUUCAUUUUCAAGGGAAAGAAAAAAAAAUGAUGCUUUUCCUUCUGGAGAACUUUUUAAGUUCUCCACAGCUUAGAUUUUCCAAAAUGGAAAGUAAAGCUUGUAUAAAAUCUGUUUUCACUAGAAGUAUUAAUAUACAAUUGAUUAUAGUCAACUCGGUCCAUUUCCCUCUCCUUGUUUCCUCCUUGGUCACUGAUUGAGUCAGGCUGGAGGGGUAAUGCUGUGAUUGUAAGAAGUAAAUUCUCAUGUAAAUGUGGAUUGAUCAACAGAAACAAACCAAACAAAAUAGUUGCCCCUAAUUCCUAUCUCCAAGAAUUGCUUUGUGCCAUUUGAAUUCAGGUAGUUAUUCUGUAUAUAUUUAGAAGACUAUUCUGAGCUUCUUCAAUCUCUAGGAAGUUUGAAGGUGGUAUCUGGGAAGACACAGGGCAGGGAGACUUUGAAAACCCUGCUUGUGCCUGAAAACAAAAAUAGGGAUAAGCCAGAGUGAUGUAACAUCUAAAUUUGUGGUAGAUGAAGAAUCAGUUGAAAUUCUUAAUUGCACAGACUUUAUAAUCCAUAAUAAAAAGUGUAAUUCCAUACUUUGUACUGUGGCAAGGGUGUGACGUGGUGUUAACCUUUUUAAUUUUUGAAUCCAAGCUGAAUUUAAAGUAUUGAAUAUUUAAAUUCCUCACAAGCUAAUUAUGAACCAUUUGUAAAGUGUUUAUAUAACUCUUUGUAUCAUGUGUUGGUACAUCUUAUCAAGUUUUUUCUGGCAUGUAUUCCAUUCUAAACUUCUGUAAAAUUUCUAUUGUUGCUGUAAAUAUUAUACAAAUAUCUAUUCCGUGGUAACCUUAAUUAUCAGCAUGAAAUGGUUAAUUUUUACUGAGCACAAUGUAUUUUUGAAUGGACCUUCCCAAAUGUCUUUAAUAAAAUGCAGAUUUUGCACUGAC